AUGCCCAGAACCGUGGUCACAAGUCAGACACUUCGAUAUUUGCGCCGUUUGUGCGAUGCCGCCGAACCCGUCACCACGCCUCAUCUUCGCACACCGACAAUGAAGUCAAUACGCGCGAGCCCUGGACCUACAAUCACACGAGCGCAUAUUCCCCCUCCCAGGCAUCAACUGCAUCAACGCAGAGCACUUAGCACGGCCCACACAAUAUUGCAAGAACAGCAAUCAUCAACUUCAACUAGCAGGGUCGCAGAGCCAUCGUCCCCUACAAUCCCAGACAUCACAAACUUCUACACACUGUUCCCUUCAACCCUCCCCUCGGGCCCACCACCGUCAGGGUCCUUCGCUAUCCCACUGGGCACCCUGAAGCGCGAAUUCCUCCAACUCCAAUCGCAGCACCACCCAGACAAGUACAGCACAUCACCAACUCAGCACUCGAAAUCCCUGGCUUUAUCAUCGCUCCUCAACAACGCAUAUAAAACGCUAUCCGACCCUCUCCUGCGCGCUCGCUACCUCCUGGAACAUACUUACAACAUCGACAUCACCAGCGAAGACAACUCGACGCACCGGGGCGUGACCGAUCAAGCUACGCUGAUGGAGGUCAUGGAGGCGCAGGAGGCGAUUGAGGCGGCCCAUGAUCAGGAACAGAUCGAUGCGCUGAAGAUCGAAAACCGCAAGAGAAUACAGGAGGCGGAGCAGAAACUGGCUCGCGCCUUUGAGGCGGAGAACGUCAACGCCGCGAAGACCGAGUGCGUGAGGUUGAAUUAUUGGCGCACUUUGCAGCAAGGGCUCGACGACUGGGAGCCCGGAAAGGAGGUCAGACUGAUACACUGA